CCCUGGAGGUGACGUCCCCGCUGCCUGUGAGUGUGUGGUGAAGGGUGCAGGAGGCAAUGGGGGUAGGAUGGGAAGGGGGAAAAUGCAGCCUGGGGACCUCCCAAGGAGCAGAGCUGCUGCCCAGAGGUACUUGCAUGAGCUCCUGAGAGAAAUCUCACCCAGCAAGGGAGAUUUAGGUGUAUCUGGAGGGGAGGCUGGCACUAAGAGCAUAACAGCAUCCUGCCUCUAGCACAGGGGCUGGGGUGUUUGGCAAAGGCUCCUGUGAAUCCCAGAACAUCUUCUGGAACAUAACUGAUUGGAACGUGAUGAUGCUCGGCUGUAGAAGGUUAAACUGCAUCCAUCUGCGCUCAGCUUCAUCAUGUGAUUUUUUUUAAGUGUCAGCUGGUGAGUUUCAGAAGUGAUGUAAAUGGAGGUGCAGGCUAGACCGCCUCGGUCUCUGAUUCCUUUUGAUGCAUUUGCAUCUAAUUUGUUGACUGAGUGUAACGAAAUCUAAGCCAAGAAAAGCUGCAUGUUGAAAAGAUGUUAGAAAGAGUUACAUUAAAAGCAGGGCUACCUGCUUUAUGACACACGAUACCACUCACAGUAAGCGUGGUGCUCUCAAUCUUCACUUUCGAAAGUGCAGUCUGAAAAAUGGGAAUAAAAUACUCUUUCUAAUCUGGAAAUAUGUUCUGUGCCAGCCACCAAAUCUGGGUGACACGAAAAGCAAGGCAUGCAAAAUAUUGAACUUCUAGAGUUCAGAAGAGGUAGAGGGUGCUGAGCUGACUCGUGAGCAUAUCCGCACAGUCUUCUCCUCCUGCUAAAUAUGACCCACAGUUCUGGAGCAAAUCUCUCCCAGCUGUUCACUCCACAGAUGCUUCACAAGAAAAGCAUCCUCUGGUGGGGUCUCUUCCCUCCCAGCCCCAACAAUUUACUUCAAAAUGUGAAAUUCUGCGGAUUCCCAGAGAGGCUCCCUGUGCUACAGAGAUCGUUUAUUCCUCUUCAUUUAAAGGCUGUGGGAAAGGCUGCUCAGCUAAUUCAAAGGCAACGGACACGCGUACAGACUGCAGCUGCCAGAAGGCACUGCUCUGAAGUGAACCUGCCUGCUGUCUUCCCGAUGCAGCAUGGAGGACGGGAGGAAAGUCCACCUGGUGAUCGCUGGCUGGGUGUGCACAACCCUCUGCCUGGUUUCCUACACGGCUGCCUUCUCGCACGGCGCCGGUCUUUCCGCCUGUGCUGACAUGAUGCCCAAGCACCUGAGAGCUCAGCUGCACAGCCCCAGGAACAACUACAUUACCAUCCACACCAACAUGUCCUUCUACUUCCCAGGAGACAAGGUUCCAGUGACGGUGAGGAGCAGCCGGGAUUUCAUGGGCUUUUUGCUUCAAGCUCGCAAAGUGUAUAACGACGAAAUUGCUGGCACAUUUGUCUUUAUUCCUCCUGGUUCCAAGCUGCUGACGUGUUUUGAAGAUGGUGAUACUGUCACCCACUCGGACAAGUCUCUGAAGAGAAACCUGUCCUUCGUAUGGAAGGCACCAGACCAACCCAUUGGAGACAUCAAAUUUUUCAUCUCUGUGGUCCAGUCAUACUUUGUUUACUGGGCAAGGAUUGAAUCUGCUGUUGUGGCUCAACAAGGGCUGAACACCACGUCUGCUGGCACCAAGAAGGCCGGCCCCCUGACAUCUGCAUCCUUGCAGGAACCUGCUGACCCACGUGUAGCUGGCACAGCAAGCAAAGCUGCCAGCGAGAUCAGCAAUGGCCAUGAAGAACUUCCUGAAGUGAGGGUACAAGUUGGCAUCCAAGGCUCCAGCUCUCCUGCUGCUGCGCCCAGCUCUCCCCAGCACACCAGCCCAGCUCCUGCCAGCCUGGCCGGCCUCACCCCAACAUCAGCACCGGGGCCAGGUUUUGGUGCACACCUAGAUACAUCGCCCACUGCCGAGCCAACGCUGUCCCAGACUUUGCUGGGCGCAUCCAGCAGGACCGGAGGGAGCAGCAACUCCAGCGGGCCAGGGCUGGAGCCAUCGCUCACCUUCCAAGAGCCGGGCAUGGCCAGCGCUCUGCAAAGCCUCCUCUUCCAGGACUACGCCUCCAGCCAGAGCCCCUCUGAUGGACCACAAAGCACUGCCAGCACUACCAAACCAUACCCGUGUUUGAUGUGUAAAGAAGAUGGGCAGGCAAGCACUGAGAACGGGGCCACCUUGAAAACCUCCCUGCAGGCAACAGCUUCGUGGUCUGCCCUACAGAUGCGCCAUCACCUGGGUGAAGCCGCUGUGACAACAGCCUGGUUUGGCGAUGCAGACACUACCAGCAAUUUGUCAUUGGCUUCGAGGCGGAUGGCAGAAAGCAAGCCGUCACUGCCACUGGAGGAGGUAGGCUCCGUGGGCAAGGAGGAGGAGGAGAAGGUCAGAGAGGAAGCAGGUGGGAAUACACUGCCGUGGGUGACCAGACCAGCUCCUGAAUCUGCUGUUCCUGGCAAGGGAGAAGGCUCUCAUAGAGGGACCCGUCUCAUAGCAGCCCAGCUUGGCAUCCUCCUCGUCUGCACAGCCGUCCUGGGCCUGGCUCUGGCAGCUGGCCUGCGCUGCCUCUACACCCAGUACUGCCACAAGCGGACGGAGGUGUCCUUCAGCGAGCCAGGCAGCGACGUCGUCACCGUCAGAGAGAACGGGGAGAUGAUGCACUUCCGCAAGAUCCGGGAGAACAGCUUCGUGCUGGUCCAGGCUGAGUACAACUGGGUCAGCCCCUCCAGCAGCGGGAAAAGGAGAAUAAUCUAAAUGUUUGCAGCGCUUAAGGCAGAGCCACGUAGGUGAGCCAGCUGCCCGUAGAGGUGAAAAUGGCCCAGAUGUGCAGAACACGGACUCUAGAAAGCAGUAGUGUCGUUUGUGUAUAUGCACACGUAGAGGUAAACAAAAGUGACGCAGCCAGUUCACACAGAGGUGUUAGUCAAAAAUAUCUAAGCUCCUGCUGCUGAGAAAAUAAACGUAGAUAGACUGUUCUGUGUUACACUUACCACAAUUAAUAUUGUAUAUCUGCUCAUUAACUGUCAUUGCAGCCAUUACAUUUCCCCUGUUGCGUUAAGGGUGUAGCCAAGAAUAGAAAUUCUUCCUCUGCACUGUACUGUUGUCUCCUAUUUAAUCUCAGCAAAAGUUUCAAGUGUUAUAUUUUCUCCUCCUUUCUAGGAACUAGAAACCCCUGAUUUAAACAGCCAUUCUCAUUUAGAAGCUUACAGGUUUAGGUCUGUGCACUUGGUAUGUCUCAGAUGACAAAAUAUUUGCCACUAGAUUUAAAGUUUCAAUUUAAAAAUAAAAAGCAAUAACUCACUAGUGGAGAACAUUGAUCCAAAGGAUGCUGAAUUGAUCUAAGGGAAAGAAACACAGGGUAGCUGACACCAGCUUUUGGGGGAGAAACAUGCCGCCUCAUCAGGUGCAAAUGGAAGAAAACCUUUUCUAUCCAUUUGCACCUGAUGAGGAAGCUUGUUUAAGCCUGAGAGCCAUCAUUUACUUUGUCUUUUAUUUUGAGUCAGUUCAGUAACACUCUGUGCAGAAACACACACUGAGAAGUACCCUUUCCAGGUCACUUUGGAGGUCUCCAGCAAAGGCUGCAUGGUAAGUUAACUGCAUCCUUCUCUGAGUUUGCAAACUUCCCUCCGACCGUGUGAUUUUCUGCAGGAGGGCACUAAAACAGCCCUCGGAAAACAUGAAGACCCUUGACACGUUCCAAGAAGGAAAGGUGAUGAAGACAAGGGCAAAGGUUUGUUUUACUGAAGCCUUAAAAGAGCAAGAAGUAAUCCUGACAAUAAUCCUCCUGAGAUGUAAACUUAAGAGCCUUUCAGAGAGCAGUGAUCCCCUCUUCUGGUGUCCUUUGCUAUGGCGCAGGGGCUAUGUGGUCCCCUGAGCUGUGUAAUGCAGAACAGACUUAAACCUUGGUGCUGCAACUUAUUUCACAGCCUGCAAUACUCCUGCCCCACCAAGCUAAGCAGAUACUGACGGGAUCUUGACGGCUUACACUUCCUUCCCGAUGACGGGGAGACCAGACAACUCUGUCAGCAGGACACUGUGGUCAUCUCCAGCUAGCUGGCCAUCUUCAUGCUUGAUAAUCAGUCAGUGCUCUGCUCUCACUUACUCCUUUGUACUGCCACUGACUUCAGUGGAAACAUAUGAUCUCCUGUUCAGACCCCUACAGGGCAACACAGCACAUCUUUUGCUAAUAGAGACUUCCAUCUUGAGGAAGAGCUCGUUUCUGACCAUACUGCUGCAUUGUGAUUAGCAACAUGAAGCCUCACAGUACCUAUGUGGCCAAAUUUCUGUCAAGUAACAAUAAAAUAAAUGAGUAAGAAAAUAAAUGUACUCACAAAUGCGGCUUGCAGAGAUGACCUGGGCAGUCUUAACCACCGCGCUUUGAUGAGAAGGGUGGCUGCACCGGGGCACUUCUACUGCAGAGUAGCCAAGGUUAGGGGCAGUGCUGUA